UUUCAUGGGAAAACUAUGGAGUUUGAAUUGAACGAACGAAGCCCCAUCAUAGCACCUCGAUCAUCUUAAAACUACGGCACGAGAUCCAAAUUGGUACUCCUGCUCCUGCGCCUGCGCGCUAAAAACUAGGGGCGGUGGCCAUUAACGCCCUCUCAGGCAACCCUUUCCUCUGUUCCCGCAAUUUCCCCAACCAAAUUUUACAACCCAAUCGAAAACUCACAGUUUCGGAAUUGGAAUUUAAGAUGGAGCAGCCGAAGCAGGAGCCGGAGAACAAACCUCCAAUCCCCAGCGACGAUAGAAGCCCCAAAUCCGAUCCCAAAGACGGACUUCAGGCCACCAAUGGAGAUGGGAAUUGGGGGAAUUUCGUGAUGGGCUCCGAAAAUCAGAACGAUCAAUCUAUGAUUUCAACCCCCUCUUCCGGGUCCAAGAAAUCGGUGCGUUGGAGCACCGAAUUGGUGACCGAAUCUCCGUCCGUCGCUUCGAAUGCAUAUGGAUCGAAUUCUCAUGCUUCUCGGGCCCCUUCCUCUUCACUUUCCUUCAAAGAGGCGGUGGAUUCUGUGUUGACCGCGCUUGGGAGAUGGGGGAGGAAAGUCGGGGAAACUUCAAAAAAGGCUGAAGAUCUGGCUGGAAACACUUGGCAGCAUUUGAAAACUAGUCCGAGUUUUGCUGAUGCUGCGCUCGGAAGAAUUGCACAAGGGACAAAGGUAUUAGCAGAAGGUGGCUAUGAGAAGAUUUUUCAACAAACUUUUGAUACAGUGCCUGAGGAAAAACUUCAAAAUUCGUUUGCAUGUUAUUUGUCAACGUCUGCUGGUCCUGUCAUGGGGGUUUUAUAUGUAUCUACGGCAAAGCUUGCGUAUUGUAGUGACAAUCCUCUUUCAUACAAGUCUGAGGGUAACACGGAAUGGAGCUAUUACAAGGUAGUUAUCCCGUUACAGCAACUAAAGGCGGUUAAUCCUUCCUCAAGUGGAAUGAAUCCUGCUGAAAAGUACAUUCAGAUCAUCUCUGUAGAUAACCAUGAAUUUUGGUUCAUGGGCUUCUUGAACUACACUGGUGCUGUAGAAUGCCUGCAAGAAUUUCCCGAAGUUCGAGGCAUACAGUCGGUUUAGAACUACGAUAUGUGGCUGAAGUUUCCACCAGUGUUUGCUCGGGCGCCUGCCAGUUCGUGAAUUCAAUCAAACUUCCAUUUGCCAAAUUUGGGUGUCAUUAUGGAGUCAGUUAUGAGUGUACAUGGUGUCUUAAUUUUCAAGCAUUCAGAUAAAAAUGAUGCUUUUUUUCGUACAGAUUAUGAUAUUCUCCCAUGGCAGCAGUGAAAGUAAAACUGUCUGCUAUCAUAAGUGGGGAAAAUUUUAUAGUCAAAAUUUAAAGGAAAUGAUAGGUUUCAUCAUAAUAUGAUGGGUCUUUGAUCUCUCCUGUUC